GCCGAACGUUAAACGGAACACACAUCUCUCUCUCUCUCUCUCUCGCAAAGCCUCUGUUUCUGACUCUGUCCCUUUCUCUCCAUUCUGCAAAUUCACAUCUUCUGCUUCUUCUUCUUCAAUUUCCAACCGCUAUCAAAAUAACCACUCCCCCAACGCACACAAUUCCCAUACUGAAAACAAAUAAAACCGAAGAAAAAGCCAUAACUCUAUCACACACCAAUAAAAAACUCGAAGAGAAUUCAGUGAAGAAGCUCAAAAUACAAUCACACACGCAUCAAACCAAUCAACACACUGUCAAAACGAUUAUCAAGAACAAAAGGGGUCAUCAUCAAUAUUGUUCUGCCAUGGGUAUGGUACCUGAGAGAUCAAAGCCACUUCACAACUUCUCCUUGCCAUGCUUGAAAUGGGGUUCUCAAAAGUUCCUAAGAUGUGUCAACGCUCCCUCCAACAUCACCAUCAACAGCGAUAACAAUAACCCUUCUCAACCUUCUUCUUCUUCUCCUGAUCGCAGAUCCUCGCGCCUCCAACCCAAACCCCAAAUCAACCAAAUUGAACCUUCUAGACUCCCCAAGAGAAAAUCCAACCAAAACUUUGAUGGGGUAGCAGGGAAGAAGCUCAAAGUUUCGAACUUUGAGGAUGGAGGGGGAGGAGCAGGAGGAGGAGGAGAAGAAGGUGGUGGUGCAAAUGGUGAUGGUGGUGGUGUUUCUAAUAGGCCUUGGAAUUUGAGGACAAGGAGAGCUGCUUGCAAGGCACCACCAUCACCAUCACCAUCACCACAAGCACAAGCACUGAUAACACAAACAGCAUCAGCACCACAUGAUGAAGAGCGCAAUAAGUUAUUUGAUGUUGGUGGUUCUUCUUAUUUUCAAGUGAAGGAUAAGAAAGUGGUGAUGACGAAUGAGAGAGCCAAGUUCUCAGUUUCUCUCUCCAAGGAAGAGGUUGAACAAGACUUCUGGGGAUUGGUUGGGACUAGGCCUCCUAGAAGACCUAAGAAGAGGCCUAGAAUUGUUCAGAGGCAAUUGGAUACACUAUUUCCGGGGUUGUGGCUGACUGAGGUUAAUGCAGAUUGCUACAAAGUGGCUGAAGUUCCUGAAUGAGGGAGGACAUGAUGGCGAAACGGGACUCCGGAUGUCCCAAAUGCCAUUCUUGCUGACUUCUUACACCUUGUGACAUAAAUAAUGGUAAUUGGUAACCUACCAAGUCAAAACCAUCUAUGUAAAAAGGUUGUUUUCAAUAAUCCUGUAAGUUUUUAAUUUUGCUGUUCUUUAUCUGAAUGUAGUAACUUGUAGAUCUAUUGAUGAACAAUGUUACCUUCUUCUUCAAUUUGCCAUCAAAUUAUAGGAUCCCACUGUAGUAGUUUUUACCUUUACCAUUGCUCUCAGUACAUAGUAAGAGUAACUAAUAAAGCUUCUGGCUUUCCUCAAAAUUUGGAGUCAUCGAUUCGCUGCUUAUCCGUCGCAAACAAAUUUGAUCUUCUCCAUAGCAGAAAUGUGAAUAAGGUGAUAAGCUAUACUGAACUAUAAAUAUGCUUCAGGAAGCUAAUAACAAGAUCAGAAUCUGUUUAGUUCAAUUUCGAUAUGGUACUGAGAAGUUAUAUUUUAUACGGCACUAAUUUUUACCUGGUUUGAAGAUGGAAAAAUUGGCAUAUACGGAUAGCUUAACAUGUACUAGUGACUUUUGGUUACACACAUUAAUAUGGUUAAUGCAUUCUUCUUUGUAAUAGAAGAAAAUAGAAAUAGAGAAUGCAAGGUUUUGAUCAAUUGUUAAUCAAAACUCAUCUACUUCUGUUACUAAGUUUUGCAUUCUACACAUGGAACCUGGCAUAGAAGCUUGCCAAACAAAGGUCUAGAAUUAUUGAGUUAAAGAAGUGCUGCAACUGCAAGUUCUAAUGGUUACAUGGUUGACUUUUUUUAACUUAGAAACCAAUGGAUUUGAGCCAUUGUUGAAGUUGGAUAAGGAAGCCAUUUCUGUGAGAGACAAGAUCAGCAGUUGUUCCAAGAAGGAACAGGUAAAAACUCGCAAUCUGUUUUCCUCUCAGCUACUGCAUUACCAUUGAAGAUCUUCCUGCUCUGAGCCAUUGCCAUAAGCCAAUAUUUCAUUUCACCCAUUAUUGUUUAUUGCAUCUGAUAAACAGGAAAACAAAUCUGUUGAGUGCAAGCAAUAUGAUGGAUGAUUAAGGGUUCUUUUUUUUUUGUGUGUGUAUAAAGUGGAAAUUAUCAAUAAUUUCCCUUUUAAUUUCUCUGAGCUUCAGAAAUCCUGCUAGGUGGUGGAGUUUAUCUGAACUGUCAUUGCAGGUGAAACAGUUUUUCUUUUUUGCUUUGGUCAAAACCACAGGUAUCCUAUUCCUCCGGCCUGAGGCAAUCCUGCUUGACUCAGGUAGGGCCACUCGCCACUCCGAUGGAGAAUCUCUCCCUUCCAAGUUUUAACUCGGUUGCGUAAGGCAUACCCAUAGGACUUGAAUCCAAGUAUCCAAGUCCUUUUGGAAGCAGUUAAUGCUUGUUGAAGUGGCACUUCUAUCUGUUGCUGUGAUCAUAAUUUGUUGAAACUCUUGUGUCAUUUUCAUGUUAGCAUAUGAUUACUUAAGGCCUAUUUAGCAAUUCAAGUACUUUCUAGUGAUGAAAGUUCUUGAGUAGCUCUAAAAGAUCUCAAUUCUCAAGUAAUUUCUGAAGGAAUUGGACAGUUGAACGUUUUGUAUUGGAUGGCAUGGUUCUUGAACAUCAUCUGUUUUGUGCUGAGGAAUUGAAUCAAUGGCUAUCUAAAAUAUUGGAUCAUGUAAAAACUAUGAAACAUGUUUGUUUAU